AUGGAGAAAAUGAUGAGGCGAGCAAGUGAAGAAGAGCUAAAUGAGAUGAAGAGGUUCUACCAACUCACAGUUGACAAUGAGAUGCACCAAGCAGUCGUAACAACGAAUCGCCGUAGAAAGGAGGCAAUUGAAAGGAAAAUGGUUAAGAAGGAUGUGAGGACAAUCAUAGGCGAAGAUGGUUCAAAUAUGUAUGUGGCAUCACUAGUAGAGGAGAAGCUAAAUGCUUUGGUGGAUGACGUCAAGCAGGGGCUAAUGGAGGCAGGAUAUACAGAAGACCAAGUGAUGGAGAUUAUCACAAUCUACCACAAACAACGAAAAGUGUUGAGACUGAAGGUCUCCCGAGUACCAUCAGUAAAGGAAGGUGGAGAGAUGGAGUCCCAAGCUAAAGUGAUUUCAUAA